AUGCCUCGAGGAAGAAGUAAUACGAUAGUCGCAAAGAUUGCCAGUGAUGUCCCCAGUUUUAUGGAGGAUCACUUGGAUUUAGGAGAAUAUGAUACAACCAAACAGAUCCCAAUACCCAGUAGUCCAAAGACAAGAAGAUCAAGAGCUAUGUCAGAUUCACAAUUGAUUAGGAUAGAACAAUCUCCAAUGAUCACUGAUGCUAAGCUAUUAAUUCCAUUGACUGGUCAAGAGGUUAACACUAUCUGGUCUAAAUAUACUGAAUCUUAUGAUUAUGAUAGUGUAUUAAAACCACAAGAUAUUACCAGUAUCAAUAAUUUACAAUUAGAUAAAGUAUUGAAUUUCAAAAACAACAUCAAAAGGAACAAAGUUCAAAUUGAUAAGUUUAUUAUCGAGACCAAUGAUCUUUUGGAAGACAUUGAUACUUUAAUGAUGAAAUAUAAUCAAAUCUCCAAUGAAACCCUUGAUUUUGAUAAAGAAGCUAAUGAAUUAUUAGAACAACAAGUUUCAUAUAUCAAUAAAUAUGAACAAAUUAAUCAAUACCUUAAACAUUUCGAACAUCUAGAUCUGAUAACUAAACAUCUAUCACGUUCUGGUAGUCAUUUAUUACAUCAAAAGAGAGAACAAUUAACCAAUGAAAUCUUAAAACAAUUAGAUGAUUCACUUGAAUUCAUUGAAGAACAUCCGAAUUUUAAAGAAUCAGAAAUAUAUGGGGCUAGAUUUAGACAAUGUAUGACAAGAGCUUUAACAUUAAUUAGGAAUUAUCUUUCUUCUGGGGAAUUGAAAUCUUUGGCAGAUUCAAUUGAUAGAAAAUUACAAGAAGGUCUUAAAGAUGAAACUAAAAAGAAUUUAACUAUUGAUUUAUUGAUUUAUAAUGAAUUCAAUAAUUAUUUAAAAGUCAAUGAUAAUUUAUUUAAUGAUUUGGUGAAUGAGAUUCUGAUUAGAGCUGCCAAUCAUGAAGAAUAUAAUGGAUUACUUAAUGAUGUUCUUGGGACAUAUUUCAACAUUAGACUGUCAUUAUUACGGACAUAUAUUUCCAAGAAUUCAACUAUAGACAGUUUCUAUCGAAAGACAGAUCAUGAUUUAGUUCAAUCAUGUCAAGAUCAAAUUUCAUAUUUUAAAAAGAUUAUUGAAAAGGAAUAUACUUUAUUUCUUCGAUUCUUUAUACCUGAAAAUGGAGAAAUUCCUGAGUUUGUCAGUAAUCAAUUCUAUGGAUUUUUAAGAAAUAUAUUAGAACCUCUAUAUGAUGGAGUUAGGUUACUUGUUUUAAGAGAACAGAAUAUAUCUAAUUUAUGUCAAUUAACCACAUUGUUACAGAAAUAUUAUGAAUUUGAAUAUGAUAAUAAUGAAUCAAUUCUUGAUAAUAGUAGUUAUUAUGCUCAAACUGAAGAAAUCAAAUACGGAGAUUUAUUUCAAUCAAUUUUAGAAGAUACUCAAGAUAGAUUAAUAUUUAGAAUUCAGAAAUAUGUUGAUGAUAAAUUAAUGAAUUAUAAACCAAAACCUGAAGAUUUAAAGAUUGGAAAUAGAAAGAAAUCAUCACUUCCACCAAAUGAAAGGACUGAAAUAAAUAUUCUUGAUAUUGAUUAUCCUGAGAACUUAUUCCCUCAUGUUUAUUUACCUUUGGGAAAGACAUUAACUUUAUUAUCUAAUAUCUAUGAAUUAAUUAAUUCGGUAGUUUUUGAUGAUUUGGCUCAUUAUAUUGUUCAUUCAUGUAUUGAAUUAUUAAAAGGGGAAUUCACAAAACUUGCAAUUGCUCAUAUGGGUAAGCUUGAUGCCAAAUUAGCCUAUCUAAACAAUUUAAUUGUAUUAAGAAGUCAAAUUAACAAUUUUGAUAUUCAAUAUACAAGAUCAGAUUAUUCAAUUGAUUUUAUAAGUGGUUUAAGUGAUAUUUGGAAAAUGAUAAAAACUAGAAGUUUUAGUUUUAAUAAUAAUGGAUUAUUGGAAUUAGCUAAAAAGACAGUCCCUAAAAUUAUUAAUAAUAUGAUUGAUGCCAAUCAAGAAAUGGAAUUAGAAUUAAACAAUGCUGUAACUGAUUUCCUUACAGAAUGUUCAAAUGUUGUAUGUGAACCAAUACUCCCAAAGACAGUAUCAAAGACAUCAUCUCCAAGAGACACUACAUCAAUAUUUAAGGAUAAUUUAUUAAUGAAGAUUCCUAUUUAUUAUAAUCAAAUCAAAAUUAUAAUUGAUGAUCCAGCAGUUACAAAAUUCUUAAUGAAUAAUUUAUCAAAUAUAAUUCUUCUAAGUUAUGAAAAUUAUCAUAAAUCAUUAGUUGAUAAUAUCUCAUCAAUGGAUGAUAAAAUCAGGGAAGAAAUGAGUGAUGUAAUGGAAGUUGAUGCAAUGUAUGGAUUCAUUAAUGAUAUAAUGACACAUAUGUAUGAAGAAGAUGAAUCGAUUGAAAGCAAACCACAAUUCAAUGAGGAUAUUUUGAAUGAUUUGGAUAUUAGGGAUUCUACAGAUGCAGAUAGAUUGGAAUCCAAUAGUCCUAUGACCAAGCAACAACCACUAAUUGCGACAUCACCUUCUCCGGGUACACCUAUCCCUGGUACACAUCUCCCUGGUUCAUCUAUAGUUGAACGAACCCAAUUUGAUACUUCAUCUCAAAAUGAUACAUAG